AGCUAUUUACGGCUUCAUUGUUUAUUUUAAACGUCCGUACAUAAUUAUUGACGUACCAAACACAACAAUAAUGAUAAUUUACUCGUUUAAUGUGCGUCAUAAACUUGUGACAAAUCCUUUGUUUGAUAAAAGACACACUUAGGGCUCCAAUAAUCGUUUGUAUAUACUAAGUAUUAUUAUUGUUGCAAUUAUGAAGUUUAAUGACAAAGAAAUCGCUCAAUUAAGCGAGUCCAAAUGUGAUCUCGAAGGAAGACUGAAUUACAGCAGGCCCAAAUUCAAUCAAAACGGUUGCAAAGAGAGAUGGUUUAAAUUAAAAUCUAACCUCCUAUAUUAUUUUGAUAUAAGUGAUACUGGGAAAGUCAACACGAAGCAACCUUUAGGGCUCCUGGUGCUGGAACAAUGCCAAAUACAAUUAGAGAUGCAGACGGCAAUGCCUUUUGCAUUUUGUAUUGUGUUCCAAAACGAUUGGGAUCGAAGACAUGUUUUUUCAGGCAGAUCUGAAGAGCAUGUCUUGGAGUGGAUUAAUGUGCUCAAAACAGCCUCGUAUGAGUACUGGAGGACCCAGUUGUUCCGUUUGCAGAAACGUAUCAGUUUGCGUACUGGAAAAGAUCCUUUGUUCAUGGUACCGAGAAAUAAAGGCUGUGGGGAUCAUUGGAUGCAACAGACAGGCUUCCAAUGUCACUUGCCUGCUCAAGAGACUUCUUGGGUUACUUUUGAGGACAACGCUUUAAUAAAAUUCUCGCCAGAGAAAAAACCGGAAGCAAAACCCUUCGAUAACUCUUGGGAGUUCUUUGAAAACCUCAAUUUCGGCCAAGAGAACCACAAAAACAACAACGUACAAUCCCGAGCUCAAUCCGUGGGUCGUUUCAACCCCUUCGACACCAACCUAGCCCUACCCCAGCCCCCAAGACGUAGUAAAUCCCCCAAACUUCUACGAUCCCAAGUACUUGCCAACGAGUUGCACAGAACCAAAAGCGAUAGCAGGAUCCACGACAGACCCAUUGCCCCCUUGAGAAAGAAGUCUUUAGGUUCGAAACAAGGCUCAAAAUUUUAUUUAUCAGAUGAUGAUGAUUCUGAUAACAGUGUCACGAUUAAUCCGAUCUAUCAAUCCACUUCGGAGAUUGUUUAUGAUUUUAAUAAUAAGAAGCCGGAUAAUGACAAAUGUACUGAAGUUAAUUUGAUAGAUUUAUAA